AUGUUUGGACCCUUUCCUGUUUCUCCAAGCCUGACCCCAAGGGUAGAUUCGGGGGACAUAUCCAGUCCGACACCCAUCAAUCUACCAAGAUAUCAGCCAUUUGCACAAGAUGAUGUGAUAAUUGGCGGCGAUAGUCAAUCAUUGCCAGCUUUGCUGGAACAGACUGGCCGAGAUUCGCUUGUUCUGGGGCCAGCUGGUCUCUUGGCCAUAGGGCUCGAUCUGAAACUAGAUGCCGACGAAUCUGACCUUAUACCUGACACGUGCUGCCUACCAGAUUUCCGUCAGUGGGACCGCUUCACCGCUGAGGAAGCCCGUAAUCAAGACGGCAAAGAUCGGUUUCCAUUGAGAAACGGGAAUCUGUCCCCGGGAUGCCAGGUAUACCUUGAGCGCCGGCGAGAACUCUCCAAUACUAAUGACGACGCCUUCCGCACCGUGAGGAGGAUUUCACCUCCAAAGGGCAAGCAGCAGGCAAGGUUAGGCAACACUUACGAAUUCUUCCGUUGCCUGGAACUCUUCACUUCCUUCUGGGACGAUCCAUCCCGGCCUCCUGAGCUGCCGCCGUCUCCGGAGUUGACCACGGCAAGUGACACAUCUGGCUGUAUCGAAUGUGAUACCCAAACACAUGCUGAACCACCACAUGCCCCUACAAUGGGCCGGACCUCCUCUGGCCAUUCCAUGCCCCCAGAAUACAGACAAAAUCUCCUCAACGCCUUCAUAAAGCUGGUUUCUUAUGACUUUGGUUGCAACGUUUCCAGAGCAAGGCUAGAACCAAGACUCCACCUCAACUCGCCUGCUGGACGGAAGCAACGCAAGUCAUACACGCCAUCAAAUUGCCACUUCGUGUUCCAGAGCCCCAUGACACGGGAGACUGCCCGAGCGGGUGUCGUCUACGGCCCAGUUGCCGCAGUAAGUGCACGCCCAACAGUGAAUUUCACCGGACCAGAUGCCGAAACGGCGCAGUCAUCGGACCUGGCACGGGAGGUGCUGGCCGCCCUGAUCACGGCUCAACAUCGACACCGUGAGGGGAGGGAGGAAGUCCGCUUUGGACACGAUCAGUGGUGGACGACUCAAAGGCGAUGGGGCGGCGGCCUAGGGGGGCCCAUUGGGCGUGAAGUCGAGCAGGACGUCCCCCCCGUGGACGACCGCCAGCAGGGCAAGGACUUGAACGGCCGCCGGAACGGACCGGCCAUGAAGAGGGCUCGUAGAACCAUGCCCGUCUAUGACAAUUACCGUAUGGUUCGCCCUCCGGCGUCUUCGUGGGACCGGAAAGCCAAAUACGAGGCCAUUGGCAGAGUUGAAGGUUCCGUCUAUGAUGACAUUUUUGUGAUAAGCUCUCUUUUUCACCAUGUGUCCAUUCUGAGGGUCCGCGUCCCUACUCGAUUGCUCGAGGUUCUGGACGGUUCACCCGAGCCGGAUUUAUCAAAACGCAGCUGGGGCAAAGUCCAAGCCUGGAAAAGUGCUUGGUACGACUUCUUCGACGUUGAUCAGAGGAUUGCCGCUAUGCGAUUGGUAUGGGCGGCAGUGGCGUACCAAAUGCGAAAACCCCCAAGCCGAGACCAACGUGUAUAA